UUAGUUUUAGUGGAGCUAACACGACUUUUCGACAAAUCUCGAAUUUCUGGUUCUGUUGUAUUAACUAUUAAAAGGUUUAAUGGACAUAAUAAACCAGUACCUAGAGAAGGAAAGUCUCCGUUACCAACACCAAGUGAAUUUCUCUGUUUAGUGAGAGCCACCUUACGAUCUAAGAAAAUUUCUACUGUUAUUCAUUCUAAAGAUGUAAAUAAAUUUCAACAAGCCUAUUGGAAUCUAUUAAAAUCAAAUAUUAAUGGUCUUAAAAAGUUAAAAAAAGUUAAAUCUGCAAAGCCUAAAGUUCAUUGAUAUACCAUUGACUGUUUAACAUUUAUAUAUUAUAUAUUAUUAUUGAAGCUUUUGCAUAUAUCUUUGUAUAACACAAAACAUAAUUCCCUUAAUGUCUAUUACAAUACUGCCUAAGAAAUAAAUCACAUUUUAUGUAAAUAAUGCCAACACAAA